CAACAAUGGGACGACUUUGAAUAAUUAGCCUAUAUAGAUGCUUCCUUGUUUUCCAAAUAAUUAAACCAUAUUUUUGUGAUGGAUGCAGUCUUUUCGGGAUCUUGGAAUAAGGAUGCACGACUGAGUGCAACAAUUGAUUUGAAACAUUGUUAUAAAAGUGUACAUUUUGAGAUCUGGAUUGAGCUUUUGUUUCAACUGAUGUAGCUACAGCUAAGGAUAACUAUGGUUGAUUUGGAGAGCGAAGUACCCCGUCUUCCCCCGAGGUAUAGAUUCAGGGACUUACUCCUCGGGGACCAGAAUUUACUAAAUGAUGACAGGGUGCAAGUCGAAUUUUAUGCCAAUGAAAGUACUUUCAAAGAGACACUUAAACUGUUCUUCAUCAAAAACCAAAGAUCAAGCCUGAGAAUACAAGUGUUUGACUUCUCCCUAAAGGUCCUGAGCUGUAUCUUAUACAUGUGUCGCGUAGUGACAGAUGACCCAUCCAAAGGACAUGGCUGCUGGGGAUGCCCCAAUCAAACAUAUAUCUUUUUAAAGAUUGACUGGUCUCCCAUAAUGUGGGUCGAACGAAGUCUUCUAAUAUGGCCGUUACAGGUGUCUGUGGCAGUUAUCUGUCUUUUUGAAACUGUUCUAUUGACUUACCUGAGUUACAAGGGCAACAUUUGGGAGCAGAUCAUUCGGUUGACGUUUAUCCUGGAGAUGGUGAACACAGUGCCUUUCCUGCUCACCGUCAUGUGGCUCCCUCUGCGGAACCUUUUCAUCCCAGUGUUCCUGAACUGCUGGUUGGCCAAGCAUGCCUUGGAGAAUAUGAUUAAUGACCUGCAUCGUGCCAUACAGCGAACACAGUCUGCCAUCUUCAACCAGGUGCUCAUCCUCAUCUCCACCCUCUUCUGCCUCAUAUUCACUUGUAUCUGUGGAAUCCAGCACCUGGAGCGGGCGGGCAAGAACCUGACGUUGUUCGACUCCUGGUACUUCUGUGUCGUCACGUUCUCCACAGUGGGUUACGGCGACGUCACGCCCAACGUGUGGCCCUCCAAACUGCUGGUGAUCAUCAUGAUCUCAGUGGCCCUUGUGGUGCUGCCCAUUCAGUUUGAGCAGCUGGCCUACCUGUGGAUGGAGAGACAGAAGUCGGGGGGGAACUACAGCCGUCACCGGGCCCAGACGGAGAAACAUGUGGUGCUGUGUGUCAGCUCCCUCAAGAUAGACCUCCUGAUGGACUUCCUCAAUGAGUUCUACGCCCACCCCGGGCUGCAGGACUACUACGUCAUCAUCCUGUGUCCGACAGAGAUGGAUCCCCAGGUUCGUCGGGUCCUCCAGAUCCCCCUGUGGUCCCAGCGUGUCAUCUACCUCCAGGGGUCAGCCCUCAAAGACCAGGACCUCAUACGGGCCAAACUGGACAAUGCCGAGGCUUGUUUCAUCCUAAGCAGUCGCUGUGAGGUGGACCGCACUGCCGCAGACCAUCAGACAAUUCUGCGAGCUUGGGCUGUGAAGGAUUUCGCUCCAAAGUGCCCCAUUUAUGUCCAGAUUCUGAAGCCAGAGAAUAAAUUCCAUGUGAAAUUUGCAGAUCAUGUUGUGUGUGAGGAGGAAUUCAAGUACGCCAUGUUGGCCCUGAACUGCAUCUGUCCAGCGACCUCCACCCUCAUAACCCUACUGGUCCACACUUCACAGGGCCUGGAGGGGCAGCAGUCUCCAGAGCAUUGGCACAGGACCUAUGGCAAGUGUUCCGGGAACGAGGUUUACAACAUCGCCAUGAGAGACAGCGUCUUCUUCUCGGAAUACAUGGGGAAAAGCUUCACCUACACCUCCUUCAAAUCGCAUAAGAAGUAUGGUGUGUGUCUGAUCGGGGUGUGCCGGGAGGACAGUAAGAGCAUCCUGCUGAAUCCCGGGCCCCAGUUCCGAAUGAGCCCCAAUGAUACCUGCUUCUACAUCAACAUCACCAAGGAGGAGUAUUCUACCUUUAAGACCCAGAGAGAGAGGAUGGUCAGCCGGCCUCGCCUGCCAGUACCCAGUGUCAUCGCCAGCAUGGGCACUGUGGCCAUAGACCUCCAGGACGCAGGCUGCAAGCCACCCUGUGGGCCCACUCUCUGUCUCCCCCCGGAGGACUUUAAGGGUAACAGCAGGAGGCCCAGCAUCAGCCCCGUGCUAGAGGUGCCAGACACUUCCUCUCUGCACACAGGUGACCUCUAUAGCGACCAAUCAGAGGACGAGAACCUGCCCUCCGACGAGGACGUAUCAACUGAGGACUAUGUGAAAGGCUAUUCUCCCAACCUGCCCUACAUCGGAAGUUCUCCAACACUUUGCCAUCUACUGAAGGAGAAAGUACCAUACUGUUGCCUCAGACUGGAAGGGGUAAAUGAUGGUUGUCAGCAUAACAACUUUGAGGACGCCAAAGUGUAUAACUUUAAGAACAAGCUGAUCAUUGUGUCGGCUGAGACGGCGGGGAAUGGACUGUACAACUUCAUCGUCCCACUUAGAGCUUCCUACAGACUAAAGAAAGAGCUGAACCCGAUUGUGCUGCUCCUGGACAAUCAGCCUGACACACAGUUCCUGGAGGCUAUCUGUUGGUUCCCCAUGGUAUUCUACAUGGUCGGCUCCAUCGAUAACCUGGAUGACCUCCUGCGCUGCGGUGUGUCCUUUGCGGCCAACAUGGUGGUGGUGGACAAGGAGAGCACCAUGAGUGCAGAGGAGGACUACAUGGCUGACGCCAAAACCAUCGUCAAUGUGCAGACACUGUUCAGGUUGUUUUCCAGUCUCAGUAUCAUCACGGAGCUAACCCACCCGGCCAACAUGAGGUUUAUGCAAUUCAGAGCUAAGGACUGGUACUCUCUGGCUCUCUCUAAACUGGAGAAGAAAGAGCGGGAGAAAGGCUCCAACCUGGCUUUCAUGUUCCGCCUGCCAUUUGCUGCCGGGAGGGUCUUCAGUAUCGGCAUGCUGGACACUCUCCUCUAUCAGUCGUUUGUCAAAGACUAUAUUAUCUCCAUCACCAGGCUGCUGCUUGGCCUGGACACCACCCCGGGCUCUGGCUUCCUCUGCUCUAUGCAGAUCUCCGAGGAUGACCUUUGGAUCCAGACGUAUGGAAGGCUCUAUCAGAAACUGUGUUCCACCGUCGGUGACAUUCCCAUCGGCAUCUACAGGACAGAAUCCCAGAUGGCUGAUUCCUCCGAGCAAUGCGAGCCAUACUCCCAAUCACAGCUCUCGAUAUGUGUCGAGGACUUUGACGACGCCAAGGAGCAGACCGACAUAGAGCUUCCCCCUGUGGCCGGAGGGCUCCACCGCAGCUCCACCUCCAGCGACCCAUCGGAUGGGAAGGCCCCCCUCCUGAGGAGGAAGAGCAUGCAGUGGGCACGAAAGCUGAGCUGGAGAGGCCCACGGGGAAACCAGAGGGGGGCUCAGAGGGGGGCCCAGCAGGGUCUGAGGGCCAGACGCUCGGAGAGACAGGAGCUGGCUGAGCUGGUCAACAACCGAAUGAAGAGUCUGGGACUCUCUGCCACGGCUUAUGAUGACAUGAGCGAGAACCAGAGCACUCAUUCCCACACAUAUGUGUUGAUCAACCCAUCUCCUGACACCAAACUGGAACUGAAUGACAUAGUGUAUAUCAUCCGUUCAGAUCCCGUGGGGUAUGUCCCUAAGGCUGGUGACAGCAGGGAGAGUCUGGGAAGCAACACCUGUCUUGGGGAGCACACCAAGACAGAGUCUUCUUUUUGAUCCAUACCUACACACAACCUGCCUUUACAGUAGUAUUGGGUGGUUAAAGGGAUAAUUCAUUUUUUUUGCACUGCUACAUCCUUGCCGGGAGAUUCUGGACGUUAAAUUAGAAAAUAAUAAUAAUAAAACUAGCUAAAUAACCAACUAAUGUAAAACGGUUAGGAUGAAAUGACAACAUUGAAAAUGAGCUAAAACCUCAACAAAGUGAACCAUCCCUUUAAUGCCAUAAUUAUGUUAUGUGCUACAAUUCAUAUUGCAUUGCGCAGAGCAUGGGGUGGUGCAAAUCAAUAUAAUCUUGGAAUGUAUCAUCCCCAUACUUUAUCUACUUUUCAAUUAACAUAGAUGUACGUGUGUCUUAAACUGUAUCUCUCUCUUUCACAAUGUGGCCUUUCCAGAGGAUAAACUCAGUUUAGGAACUCAAUGAUUUUAAAGACACUCCAUGGUCAAAACUCUUCUAGGAGAGCAGAGUCUCUGCUCAUCUUCCAAAUAUGUCUGAAACCCUACCUCGUCAAAUAGUAUUUUAGUAUGGUGUAAUCCCACAGCAUUCACACCCCCACCUCACCUCUCACCCCAAAUAUUCGUUGCCUUUCAUGAAAUAACCCUCACACUUGAUCCCCUCCCCCCCAUCCAAAUAGCACUGACUUUGCUGAUAGCUACUUUAUUGAGAAACAAUGUACUUAGUAUGACUGAGAGGUGGGAAAAUCACAUAUAUCUAGCUUAAGAUGAAUGCACUAGCUGUAUGUCACUCUGGAUAAGAGCAUCUGCUAAAUUACUCAAAUGUAAAUUGUGGUAUUUGUUUGCAUGUUUGAGGGGGUGUGACUGAACUGUUUGGGUUGCUAUGCAAAAAUCUGUCCUCAUAGUUUACAGUAUAGAGCUCGCCAGCUUGUAGUCCUAAAAAAAACAACAGAAAUGAGUAACCUCUGGUUCGUUCAACCAUUGCUAUGGCGGAAAUGAAUGGGGAAAGAAUGGGGUUUCGGGAUAAACGGCGGGGGAAAAGUCUGAGGUUAACACAGGCUUAGGAGAUCUUAUAUACAUUGUGUUCCAGAACAAAACGUAUAAGAUCUCUGUUUACCACCGACGUUAUUUUGGCAGUUUAUCAAUUUAAAAAAAAAAACAUUAAAUUCCCCAUAGGCUUUGCCCAACGAGCCAUGGCAGAGUUAGUGCCUACAAAAAGACGCCACAUUGCUCUAUUGCUAUUGCUCUCUAUACCUCAUGAUAUCAUAUUUACUGUUUAUUUACUCAUUUGUAUAGUCCUGUGAAUCAUGCAUUGUACUAUACUCAUCUGUUGAAUGUUUGUCAUUCAUAUUGACUGUCAUAAAUAAUGGAAUGCUUA